AUCGUCACGCUGAGCAGUGAGCAGAGAGCAGUGAGCAGAGAGUCCUGCCAGUACCGCCCAAGGAAGUAGCCAGUCGCUUUUGCGGGGUGGUCUCAUCAGAUGUUGUACACUGUCUUUUCACAGGCAAUAGAAUCCCUGAAGGGCUUACAGCAUGUCUGCUUGAUUAUUGCGGCUGGUUUAGUUGUUUCCCAUUUGAAACCCAGUCUCAGUAAUAAAAGUACAACUCCGCAUAGUCCUGUUGUAAGGAGCAGUCAUGAACGGAAGGUCCCUUCGACGUUUAGCCCAAGAGGUACGACGGGUCAUCGACAAAUGUUCGGUGCAGAACCAUCCACUCCUAUUCCAACACGGCAUGUUGGUGGCCGUGGUUUGUUUCACAGCUUUGGUUACUAACGGGGAGUGGUUAGAACAGAAUGAUAUGUACUGCCUGCGCCGGAUUGACCUCGAGGAACUUAGUCAAGACCACCAGGACUGGGGUCGAUGUGAACGCAACUUCUAUUCCACGGCACUUCAGAAAGAGUCAUUGCCACAUCGCUUCCACCCUUGGCUCUAUAACAAGCUGAGAAUGUCCGUGCACGUUUACGCCGCUAUCGGCCUCCUGCUCAUCUCUCAAGGUGUGUGGCUUAUCUUCCAGAACGAGCGGGUUGUGAAGGCUAGACGGGAUUUCCAAGGGCACGUCCACAGGAAUGAUUCUGCGACUCGCUGGAAAAAGAGGCAAGCAAUGGCUGAGAUACUACGACACAACGGCUCAUUGGGACUGUAUGCUGGAGAUGUGGCUCUUGCUUUGUUCUUUCUCGUUCUGGAUACCAUCUUGCUGGCAUGUGUGUUGCUCACCUACAACCCCUGGUCAAUUAAGGUUCAUCUUGGGAAGCGUAACAUUCUGGAUUCCAGUGACGUGGCUAUUACUUCCUUCCCACCGCUGACUUGGUGUGACGUGAGCCAAGAGACAGGCCGUCUGGAGGGCACAUAUAGUUACAAUUGCGAGGUGGCCGCCAACAAUACUUAUGUGCUUAUUGCAGUGUUCUUGGCUAACUCUCUCACCUCCAUGCUUCUUAAGACGAUGAUGGCAGUGUUCCACUGUGUUCUGGUGAUCAAUAUGCCCUUCUGGCGCCGAAGGGCUCUGGGCAUAAAAGUGGAGCUGCCCACGGAUCGCACCAUUGACUUGUACCAUCUUGGUCACUACACCACACUUAGGGGCUUCCGCACCGCCUUCAGAAAAGAGGUACGGGGGCAGCAGGAUAUGAAGAUAAUGCAACAAGAGCGGCUUCCUGCGAUCUAUCAGUGAUCAUUUUCUCCACACAAUCCUUAGUUCUGAAACUGUUUGUGUGUGUGUAUGUGUGUCUGUAGCAGUUUCCUAUUGAAAAAAAAAAAAGCCUUCUGAAAGUAAUUUGUUUUCUCGGCAAGAAAAUAAAUAUCCAGGAAACUUUCGUGGAGAGAAGUGGAACAUCUCACGAUGCGAAAAGAAAAAUGUUUUUCGACAUAUAUAUAGAGGGGACCCUGUGCUUACUGAAUACAAAGAUACAUUUAUUUUUCUAUACUUGUGGAACAUUUUUGUUAGAUGCUUAUCAAUAAAAUCUGAAUAAGCAA